UUUCGAUCCUCACUGAGUUCACUCCCAAACCUCCUUCAAUGGCUUUCUUCCUCUUCUUCUUCCUUUCUUUACUCUCUUUAGCUUCAUCCGCUUCAAGGGACUAUCAAAAAACCUUCAUCGUCAGAGUCCAAAACGAAGCCAAGCCCUCCAUUUUCACCACCCACAAGCACUGGUACGAAUCUUCCCUUUCAUCGAUCCUCUCCCCUUCGACUCCAACACAAGUCAUCCAUGUUUACAACACCGUUUUCCAUGGAUUCUCCGCCAAGCUCACUCCAACUGAAGCCGUCAAGCUCCAAACACUCCCCCAUGUCGUCGCUGUAAUCCCCGAACAAGUCCGGCGCCUGCACACCACGCGCUCUCCUCAGUUUCUGGGUCUAAAAACCACCGACAGAGCCGGGCUUUUGGAGGGAUCUAACUUCGGGUCGGAUCUUGUCAUCGGGGUUAUCGAUACGGGUAUUUGGCCGGAGCGUCAAAGCUUCAACGACCGUGACUUGGGUCCUGUUCCUUCUAAAUGGAAAGGCCAAUGUGUGACGACGAAAGAUUUUACUUCCGGUUCUUGUAAUAGAAAGCUGAUUGGAGCGAGGUUUUUCUGCAAUGGGUACGAAGCGACUAAUGGGAAAAUGAACGACACGUCGGAGUUUCGUUCCCCGCGAGAUUCCGACGGUCAUGGGACACACACUGCUUCUAUUGCUGCCGGAAGGUAUGUGUUUCCAGCUUCUACAUUGGGUUAUGCUAAAGGUGUGGCUGCCGGGAUGGCGCCAAAAGCGAGACUUGCCGCUUAUAAAGUUUGCUGGAACGCCGGUUGCUUUGACUCUGAUAUCCUCGCUGCCUUUGACGCCGCCGUGGAUGAUGGGGUUGAUGUGAUUUCGUUGAGUGUCGGCGGUGUUGUGGUACCGUAUCAUCUUGACGCCAUUGCUAUCGGUGCUUUCAGUGCUGCUGAUAUGGGGAUAUUUGUUUCGGCCUCCGCCGGAAACGGCGGUCCCGGUGGAUUGACCGUCACCAAUGUGGCUCCAUGGGUGGCUACGAUCGGUGCUGGUACGAUUGAUAGGGAUUUUCCCGCCGAGGUUAAGCUUGGAAACGGGAAGGUCUUGCCUGGAGUCAGUAUCUACAAUGGACCAGGUUUGUCUCCUGGUCGGAUGUACCCGUUGGUAUACGCCGGUACUGGCGGCGGCGAUGGGUAUUCCUCUUCUUUGUGUUUGGAAGGUUCAUUGAAUCCCGAGUUUGUGAAAGGGAAAAUAGUGGUGUGUGAUAGAGGGAUUAAUUCAAGAGCUGCUAAAGGUGAAGUUGUCAAGAAAGCAGGUGGCAUCGGAAUGAUUUUGGCUAACGGUGCUUUCGACGGCGAAGGGUUGGUUGCCGAUUGCCAUGUCCUGCCGGCAACCUCCGUUGGCGCCUCAAAUGGUGAUGAGAUUAGAGGCUACAUUGAUUCAGCCUCUAAAUCCAAGUCGCCAGCCACUGCCACUAUAGUCUUUAAAGGAACACGGUUAGGGGUCCAACCAGCUCCGGUUGUGGCAUCAUUUUCAGCUCGAGGGCCUAAUCCGCAGACACCCGAAAUUCUGAAACCGGACAUGAUCGCUCCCGGAUUGAACAUCCUUGCAGCCUGGCCAGACAAAGUCGGCCCAUCCGGUAUUUCCUCCGACAAUAGAAAGACAGAGUUCAACAUUCUUUCAGGCACAUCAAUGGCAUGUCCCCAUGUUUCAGGGUUGGCCGCAUUGUUAAAAGCAGCUCACCCUGACUGGAGCCCUGCAGCCGUCAAAUCUGCCCUGAUAACCACUGCUUACACCGUUGACAACCGUGGCGGAACCAUGAUCGACGAAUCCAACGGGAACACAUCCACUGUAUUGGAUUUCGGAUCCGGACAUGUCCAUCCCACGAAAGCCAUGGAUCCCGGCCUGGUUUACGACAUAACCACCAUGGAUUACAUCGAUUUCUUAUGCAAUUCCAAUUACACAAUCAACAACAUCAAAGUACUCACAAGAAAAACCGCCGAUUGCGGCGGCGCCAAAAGAGCCGGACACGCCGGAAACCUGAAUUACCCAUCGUUAUCUGCCGUUUUUCAACAAUACGGCAGACAUAACAUGUCUACACAUCUCAUCAGGCAAGUCACCAAUGUUGGUGACCCAAAUUCAGUUUACAAAGUCACAAUCAACCCACCAAGUGACACGGUGGUAACUGUUGAACCACAAGAGCUUGUAUUUAGAAGGGUUGGCCAAAAAUUAAACUUCCUUGUGAGAGUUCAAGCCAUGGCAGUGAAGCUAUCUCCUGGUGGGAGCAAAAUGAAAAGUGGUUCGAUUGUGUGGUCUGAUGGGAAGCAUGAUGUCACUAGCCCCUUAAUUGUGACCAUGCAGCAACCUUUGUGAAUUUGUGUGUGUUUGUCAAUUUGUUUAGGGUAUUUGGGGUUUUAGGGAUUUUGGAUCACCUUUUUUAGGGUUUUUUUAAGAAAUGUCUCUCUUUUUGCUAUUGGGUUUUCUAUAUCAGAAAGCUGGUGGAGUUUGCUUGUAACGCAAGGUGAAGGGCAAGUGUAUUUUCUUAGUGUAAAAUUAAGAAGUUAUUAAUGUUUU